UCAAUACCAUCGAUGCUUACCGCAAGAUAAAUCAAUUCACCAGUCAUUCUAGAGACUUAAUAGAAAAUUUGAGGAGAUUUUAUAGUAACACACUUUGUGAUGGUGAAAAACAGGAUGCGAUUAAUCUUUUCCUCGGAUAUUACCAACCACAAAAAGAUAAGCCAAUGUUAUGGGAACUUACGAGUGACUAUUAUUUGCACAAUGAAGAUCCUCGUUUUAAAAGGCCACGGAGAAGUUACAUUCACUGGUGGACUAAGGAUGCUCUUCUACAAAAAAUUGAUCAACAGCAGGAUACUUCAAGAUAUCAACUUGUUCCUCGCAUAGCCCGUCAAAUCGAAGACGACGAAGCGGAUCCAUAUUCUGGCUAUUGGAUUGAAUAUUAUCGUCCGCGGCUUUUCACAUCAUUUGAAAAGUUGUUUGCAUUUGACAUGAAAAGUACUACAAAAUACAUUCCAUUGGGCGCGGACGUAAGUCCAUUCAGAGUUCGGGUAACUCCUCCACAAGCUUCUCG